AUGGAAGUGCAGGCCUUAGAAGGGGCCACCCUAGAACCCAAAGGGGGGCCCCUAAACCCUUCUGACAUCACAGCAGCAGAGGGGCCUCUUAAAGAAGGAGACACCCAGAAGGGCUAUGAGGGCCCUCCCGCAGGCCAGGUAUUGGAUUUGCCAAAUGUAUUCUUUGCUGCAGUGGAGAUACCCGGCAAGGCUAAGAAGACCGCGACAGUGCUGCGCAUCUUAGGAGGAGCUGAGGCGGCUUCUCGGAGUUUGGCAUUAGAAGAUGGUGGAGAUCCCCUGCUGCUGCGUCUAGGAUGCAGCAGCAGCAACAACAACAGCAGCAGCAGCAGCAGAUGGGGACACAUCCCUGCCUCCCGUCAAACUACUGCAGGCAUCCUCUUAAAGAGAAGAGUCCGAAAGUCCGGGGCUGUCGAGUUCGUCCCUCUGGGAAGAGUCCUGCAGCGCUAUGUCUUCACAGGCCUUGCGGACUUUUACUUCAUCCCUCCACCAGGACACCGCGGAGAGGAGACACUGGAGGCUCAGGUAUUGGCUGAAGCGCAGCGUGCAUGCAGCAGUAGUAGUAGCAGCAGCAGCAGCAGCCAAGGAUCCCCUUAUAUACCCCCUCCCUUCUUCUUUAAGGGACAGGCGCCAUUUCCUUACAAAGUUGAAGCCCCAGCACCCCCUGUCUUUGUUGCGGAGGCUUCCACCGCGGCAUGCAUGCAGCUGCAGCAGCAGCAGCAGCAGCAGCAAAAGCGUCAGCGCUUGCAACAACAGGAUGAGCAAGGGCAGCAACAAGUACCGCAGCACCAAGAAGGGCAGCUGUCGGGGGAGCAGCAGGAACAGCAGGAAGACCUGUUGGAUGGCGGAUCAAGGCACGGCACCAGCAGCACGGCAACUGCAACGACGGCACUGGAAGCAGACGAGACAGCAGCUGCCGCAGCAGAUGCUGCUGCAGAUGCUGCUGCAGAUGCUGAAGCAGAAGCAGCUUCAGCUGCAACAGCAGGAACGGCACAAUCUUCUGCUGCAGGAGAAGGCGUUGGCCUUUCAGUUGCUGCAAAGGCAGCAGCAGCACGAGCCGCUGCAGCAAGAGCAAGUCGAGCACCCCGCUUUAUUCCUUCAAUAUCAGCAGCAGCAACAACAACAAAAGUAACAGCAGUAGACGCAUCAGAAGACACAUCAGGGAGGAAGCCAACCCCUGCAGCAGCAGCACCAGGAAAUACUGCUGCUGCCGAUGCAGAACCUUCUGCUCGAGAGGUCGCUGCUGAUACGAGAGAUGCAGCAGCAGGAGCAGCAACAGGAGCACCUGCUGCUGCUGCUGCCGAUGCAGAGCAUGGUGUGGCAGAAACACCAGCAUUCACCCUAUCCGAACCUGCUAACGAUGAAGGACCUGACUUUGCUGCUGUCUCCCUCUCUACAGCGACAACAGCAGCUAGCAGCAGCAGUAGUAGCAGCAACAACAGCAAGGAGGAAAGCUCUGCGUUUAACGCCGUGGGCCGCAUAGGCGAUGAGCAGCUGCCCGUAGCCCCUCCGCCUGCAGCAUCAAAGGCAUUUGCAGGUGUUUUCCUGUUGCUGCUGUUGCUGUGCCGGCUGCGUUGUGGCUCUCUUGUUGCGACUGCCGCCAAUACUGCUGCUGUUACUGUUGACACUUUUGCUGUUUUCGUUGUUGCUGGGGUUGAUGAUGCUGACUUGCUGCUGGCUCUGGAGAAAUUGCUGCAGCAGCAACCCGUGUGGCUGCGAUCUUCUCUUGAUGCUUUGUUGCCGCGUUCGUACACUGCAUGGAGGAAGAAACCUGCCUAUGCUAAGACUUGCUUCCUCUUUGCAGAUGGGCCCUUCCGUGGCUGCCUCUGCCGCUUGGGAUACGAUCCCCGAAAAGACCCUGAAAGCCGACACUACCAGACAAUUGACUUUAGGGAUCCGUUUUUCAGGGCCACCAACUGGAAGGCCGCUGCUGCAGCAGGGGCCCCACCUCCUGGUUCGCGGCAGCAGCAACGAGAGGAUGCAUUCCUUGUCCCUCCUUCUCGCCCUUCCCAGGUGUAUCAACUGUGCGCUAUUCAAGACCCUGACAUCCGUCAGCUGCUGCAGGAGGCCCCUGCGCUGCAGGUCUUCAGCAACGAGACAGGGUGGCAUCAUAAGGAGACUCUCAAGACCCUGCGCGCCCUCAUGGCCCUUAAGAGCAGACGCAUGCGCGCGGCAGAAGGCGACCAGCAGCAGGAACAGCAGGAACAGGAGCCGCAGUAA